UUCCGGCGCAGCGACGCCUUACUUCCUCUUCCUCUCCCUCCUCGGCGAAGGCUGGUCUCUGGCGGCUCCGGCUCGGCCAUGGCGCUGUCUCUGGGUGAGGUGGCUCCGGGCGGUGGCGGAGGAGGAGCGGGAGGGAGCCGCUUGAGGCGGCAGCUGGAGUCCGGGAGCUACGCGGCCGAGGAGUACGUGAAGCAGCUCUCGCAGCAGUCGGACGGCGACCGGGACUUGCAGGAGCACCGCCAGCGCAUCCAGGCCCUGAGCGAGGAGACAGCGCAGAGCCUGAAGCGCAACGUCUACCAGAACUACCGGCAGUUCAUCGAGACGGCGCGCGAGAUCAGCUACCUGGAGAGCGAGAUGUACCAGCUCAGCCACAUCCUCACCGAGCAGAAGGGCAUCCUGGAGGCCGUCACCCAGGCGCUGCUGCUCCUCCAGGCCGACCGCGACGACAGAGCCGCCGGGGCCGCCUCCUCUGACCCGCACGCCAACCCCUUCCUGCCCCUCUCCGCCAAGGAGGCGGCAGCCAGCGAGGAGGGCCGCCAGCGCACCCUGACCACCCUCCUGGAGAAGGUGGAGGGCUGCCGAGACCUGCUUCCGGAGAGCCCCGGCAAGUACCUGGUAUACAACGGGGAUCUGGUGGAGUACGACGCCGACCACAUGGUCCAGAUUCAGAAGGUGCACGCCUUCCUGAUGAACGACUGCCUGCUGGUGGCGGCCUGGCUGCCCAACCGCCGGGGCACCUACCGCUACGACGCCCUCUACCCGCUGGACGGCCUGGCCGUCGUCAAUGUCAAGGAUAACCCGCCCAUGAAGGACAUGUUCAAGCUGCUCAUGUUCCCCGAGAGCCGCAUCUUCCAGGCCGAGAAUGCCAAGAUCAAGAAAGAGUGGCUGGAGGUGCUGGAGGAGACCAAGAGGAGCCGCGUGCUGAGCGAGAAGCGGAGGCUGGAACAGGAGGUGCCGGCGGCCCGUGCGCCUCCCCCAGCCCCUCCAGAGGCUACCAACCCCUUCGAUGAGGAUGAGGAGGAAAGUGGGGAGGGGGGGACCCCGGAAGAAGAAGUGGUGGAUCUCUCCCUGGAGUGGAUUCAGGAGUUGCCUGAAGACUUAGAUGUCUGCAUCGCUCAGAGAGACUUCGAAGGGGCGGUUGACUUGCUGGAUAAGCUGAAUGAGUAUCUAGGGGAUAAGCCCUUGACCCAACCAGUCAGGGAGUUACGAGCCAAAGUGGAUGAGAGAAUCAGGCAGCUCACUGACGUGCUUGUGUUUGAGCUUUCUCCAGAUAGGUCACUUCGAGGUGGGCCCAGAGCAACCCGUCGCGCUGUUUCUCAGCUCAUCCGGUUGGGCCAGUCAACCAAGGCGUGCGAACUUUUCCUACGGAACAGGGAAGCGGCCGUUCACACAGCCAUCCGACAGUUGCGCAUUGAAGGUGCCACUCUGCUGUACAUUCACAAGCUGUGCCAUGUCUUCUUCACCAGCCUGCUAGAGACCGCAAAGGAGUUUGAGACGGACUUUGCUGGCAACAGUGGGUGCUAUUCCGCUUUUGUUGUCUGGGCUCGAUCAGCAAUGAGGAUGUUUGUGGAUGCGUUUAGCAAGCAGGUGUUUGACAGUAAGGAGAGCUUAUCUACUGCUGCUGAGUGUGUAAAGGUGGCAAAAGAACACUGCAAGCAACUCAGUGAGAUUGGUCUGGACCUGACUUUCAUCAUUCACACCCUAUUAGUGAAAGAUAUCAAAGGUGCUUUGCAAAGCUACAAAGACAUCAUCAUUGAGGCCACAAAGCACCGCAACUCUGAAGAGAUGUGGAGGAAAAUGAACCUAAUGACACCAGAAGCUUUAGGGAAGCUUCGAGAAGAAAUGAGGAGCUGUGGAGUCACCAAUUUUGACCAGUACACUGGUGAUGAUUGCUGGGUGAACCUAAGCUACACAGUUGUGGCUUUCACCAAACAGACCAUGGCUUUCUUGGAGGAGGCUCUCAAACUCUACUUCCCAGAGUUGCACAUGGUUCUGUUGGAAAGUUUGUUGGAGAUCAUCUUUGUGGCUGUCCAGCAUGUUGAUUACAGUUUACGCUGUGAACAAGACCCUGAAAAGAAGACAUUCAUUAGACAGAAUGCCUCUUUCCUUUAUGAAACAGUUCUUCCUGUGGUGGAAAAGCGGUUUGAAGAAGGAGUUGGAAAGCCAGCUAAGCAGCUGCAUGAUCUGAGGAAUGCUUCAAGACUAAUGCGUGUGAAUCCUGAAAGUACUACUUCUGUGGUGUGAACUGCAGUGCCUCAGUCCUUUUCAUAUUAAACUUUGUAGAUACAUGUAUACACAUAACUUUUUUCAAACCCCCUCCCAAUAGUAGCCAAAUCUGAUAAUGUUCUCUUUAGCAGAUAAUGUAUUGAAAAGAACUGGGAAAGCAAAGAAAAGGAAAACUUAAAAGAAACAAUAUAGUUGGAAAUCCACAUUCCCUCCAAAGGUCUGGUUGUGCCAUUUUAGGUCACAUGAGAUGGUUUGGUCUGGAACCUAACAAGUUAAUCAAACAUAGUUGUGCUAAUUAGAAUAUGACCAAGAAUAACUACUAAUGAAUAUUCAUUGGUUGUGUAGGUGUAUAAAUGAUAGGAUACACCUUGUAAUUUUAUUAUAUGGGGCUUCAGAAGAAGCCUGUUUGGGAAAGAAAAUGCAUCCUUGCAUUAUCUCACUCAAAGAACUUGAGGGGGAAAUGGUGAAAAUUUUACCACAUACUGUAUUUCAAGAAGGGUUAUCUUCCAGUUCCCAUGAAAACCAAAACUAUGAAUCUCGUUGACAGUGUACACCACAGUUCUUGGCAAAAGUAAAUAUUAAUUGCAAAGGGCUAAAGCCAAAUAUAUAUCUGAUUGGUAGCAGAUGAUAAUUGAAUACGAAUGUUAUGGCUGAGACAGUUAUCCAGUGCUUGGAUUUUCAUGUAGUUUUGCCAGGGUCUUUGCCAUCCUGUAACCAAAUCUGUUUAUUUAAUCUUUAAAAAUCCUGCAUUCUUAAUUAGUUUUGUUGGAUACCCCAGAGAAAACAGUGCAGUUCUCUGGUACAUAUGCUUGUGUAUAUGGUACAAAAUUCCCUUAUGCCAUACAUGACACCACUGCUGAUAACUGUAAACCAUGAUCAGGUUGAUUAUUUGUUCAUAUAGCCCAGUGAUUCCCAACUUUUGGGCCUCCGAGUGUUUUCAACUUCAAUUCCCAGAAAUCCCAGCCAGCUUACCAACUGUUAGGAACUGUGGGAGCUGAAGUCCAAAACACCUGGAGGACCAAAUGUUGGGAACCACUGAUAUAGCAUGUAGGAAUGAUGGGAUGAAAACAUCAUUGAGAUAGUGUUUAUUUUUACUUGCUUUCAGUUCAACCUAACACAGGGACACAGGGAGAUUUCAUGAUAAAGAAAAACUAUUCAUUUGCAAUUGAUUGCCACAGGGUGAAAUAGGUGACUAACCAUGUAAACGGAGCAAUAAAUGUUUAGUUUAUUGCAAGUGGAAAUAGGGAUGAACCCAUUUAUGAAAUGAGGAAGUAAAAGUGUAUAAGGAUGUUUUCACCAUAGCAGUCUUGCCUAUAGGUCUGUAUGCAGUGGUGUUCUGUAUAAAGCGGGUAAGUGGUGGGGUUUUUCUUUUCUGUGUGAUUCUGUCCAAGUCUAAUGGUACAGCAUCCCUCAGGACAAUGCUGUUCAGAUGUUUUUAGUAUAUUGCUCUCAUCACUUCUGAGUCAGUUGGAAGAUAACAAUAGUCGGAACGUAAUUUAUCUGGACGGCAGAAAGUUGGGAAAAGCUUAUCUCUUUAUGGUGAUCUGUAUUCAACCAGGCUUAAUGGCACAAUGGUAUAUAUGUUCCAAUUGGCCAGUCGUGAAUAAAGUGUGAAAUGCGGUGUCUGGGUAACAUGGUGAAACUGUUAAGGCUGCAAUUCACUAUUGUUCCCUUUAGAUCUACACAGUGGGGAUAUUGUGCCUUUGGUGGGAAGAAUGUACCAUUAUUGAAACUAUUAGAAAGAAAGUUUCCCUAGAGAGAAGAGAUGACCAUAAAGGUUUGAAUCUAAGAGUUGCUUGGUUUAAUGCAUAAUAUGAGGUAAUUCACUGACUAGUCUUGUAUUGCUGAUAGCAGCUGGGUGACAAAAAUACUUAUCCAAGUAUGGUUCAGGCAUGCCGACAUUUCUUAGGCUUUUGUUUAAAAAAUGAUGGUAUAUAACAUGUAGACAAUAUUCACUGUGGAAUGCCACGGUGGCACAUGGGCACUUACACCAAAGAAGAUGAGAUAAAAAUGUAUCAGGAAAAAGUGAUACAGAAGUCGUUUUUCUGUCUCUACAAAUUGUGUUUUCUUAAUACAGUACAGUUCAUAUUGUAAUUUUAGGAGAUCCAAGAAACGUCCCCUUCAGUACACAUGUUGUAAUUUUGCGGAUCCAAGAAACUGCCAUUUCAUUAACAGAUAAGGCUGUCAUCUGAUGACCAAUACAUAUCUAACGAUGAUUCUGAUUAUCUUUGUUUUUUUGAGCAGUUAUGAAUAAUCUUGAUAUUUAAUAAUUUAUUGUUAUGUUUAUGCCACACCCAAAGUAUAUGGAGAUCAAAUUCUUUAUGAAAGAGACCAGUGAUAUAUACUUCAACUUGCCCGUCGGCCUGCAAUUGUAUGUUAACACAAAUAAUUGGAUUGAAAUAAAUAUGCCCUGAGAAUCUUUUGAAA